AUGGCCACUCCAUCCACUCAGAUUGCAGCUGUUGUGCCGCCUCCUGGGAUGUCUGCCACAUCUAUAGUGGUGAUUAGCAACACACACCCUGUGCCUAAGCCUGACGGCGGUGACGUCUUGAUCAAGCUCGAGUACUCUGGCGUGUGCCAUUCCGACCUGCAUAGUAUCAUGGGGGAUACACCGAUGAAGACAGACGUUGCUGUUGGAGCUGGCGUCGAUGAAAAGUUGUGGAUGGGCCAGAGAGUUGGUAUCCGCGUGUCCCAAUCAGAGAAAUGCUGGCGCGAGUACAUCGUCAGCCCAGCCAUUCAUGUUACCAAAAUCCCCUCCAAAUUAUCUCCUGAUUUAGCUGCUCCUCUUCUUUGCGCUGGAAUCGCUAUGUAUUCUUCAAUUAUGAAGACCAACUCCAGGCCAGGUGAUUGGAUUGCUAUCCUUGGUGCAGGUGGAGGCCUGGGGCAUAUGGGUGUACAGAUUGCUGCUAAAAAGGGGCUAAGGGUUCUUGCAAUCGAUAAGGGUGAAAAGAAGAGACAAUUAUGCAUCUCGCUCGGUGCUACGGAGUUCUUAGACUUCUCCAAGGUGGAUAUUGUAGAGGCAGUUAAGGCCUCUGCUUCCGGGCUCGGCGCACAUGCCGUUAUCUGUACUGCCAACGGUGAACGCGCAUAUGAGCAGAGCAUGCAAAUGCUUCGUCCUCUGGGAACACUAGUUUGUGUGGGGAUCCCCAACGUUCCGUUCAGGUUGCCGGCUACCCCAUUCGACAUGAUUGUUAAAGGGCUCAGGAUUGUCGGGAACUCUGCGGGUACUGCGAAGGAAAUGGAUGAAUUGUUGGCAAUGGCGGUGGCAGGUGAUGUCAAAGCGCAUAUAGAGUGCUACGAGCUAAGCGAUCUUCUUGAAGUCUUAGGACGUCUCGAACGCUCGGAGAUAGAAGGGCGAGCCGUUCUCAAGAUCCCUGAGUGA